CAUCAUCUCCAAGCAUUUCUCUCUCAUUUCAAAAUUCAGCUCACAUAUUAAAAAGGAGAAAGGGGUAAUUAAAAUGUCGGGGAGGGGAAAGGGCGGCAAGGGACUUGGUAAGGGCGGCGCAAAGCGGCACCGUAAGGUUCUGAGGGACAACAUCCAGGGCAUCACUAAGCCGGCUAUUCGGCGUCUGGCUCGCAGGGGUGGCGUGAAGCGAAUCAGUGGGCUCAUCUACGAGGAGACACGUGGCGUUCUCAAGAUCUUCCUCGAGAAUGUCAUCCGCGACGCCGUCACCUACACCGAGCACGCCCGCCGCAAGACUGUGACGGCGAUGGAUGUUGUUUAUGCCCUCAAGAGGCAGGGCCGAACUCUUUAUGGAUUCGGCGGUUAAGUUCCAAUUUGUCAGAUCUGUAAUUAGGAAUUUUUCUUUUCGCUAUGUUAAGAAAUUUGGUAAUGUAACCUGUCUUAUAUAUUUGCUAAUUCCAAGUGAUAUGGAAAUCGGAGUAUAAUUUUUUGUUUUUAAUAUCUUAGAUGCUGGUUAAAUUCUUGUUGAUCAGUGUUAUUAGAGUGAGAGCUCACAAUGUUUUCGAAUCUAGUGUUGCUUAUUCUUAUACAA